CAUUCAAUUAUUAUUUCCAGUCUCGCACUCUUCAUUCAACGUUGUGCAUCGACCGAGUCGAUUUGUUCGACGGAACUCUACUUCGUGAAAUGACAAAGACUAAAAAAAACAUGUAAAUUCUAACAGAAAACGAGAAUAUAAUAUGUUAAAAUAAAGUGACAAGAUUUUUUUAAACGUUUUUAAAAUACGUCCAUUCUAUUUUAAAUCGCGUCCGACCUCAAUCGUGUUUAUUUAUGUUUUGUGAGUGGGUAUCUUUGUGUGUUUGUUUUGCAAACAGUUAGUAUACCCUACAAUUUAAAAGGUUGUGCAUUAAAAUGUACAUAAUGCAAUGAUAGUAAUGUGGUUGCUGCUGUGAGGAUCGCUAGGGCAGCGACAUGAUGUGGAAGGUGGUAGUGUUCUGUGUGCUGGUGGGUGGAGGCGUGACUACGGGACAGUCAUGGCUGGAUAACAUAACCGACAACCUGCUGGAAGGCACGUUAAAGGAGAUGCAGUCAUCGGUCGUGAACUACUCGAAGCCGGUGAUCAAUGUAACGUACAUGGCUGAUUUCGAAUUCGACAUGCGAGCUAUGGGACACCUCUACAACUCCACUCAUAUGAUCAUCGACUUUAUUGCUAACAAACAGGCGUACCCUGAAGGGAUUGUGUCGGUAUCCGACGGGAACGUGGAAUUUGCAUCACCACGUGAAGAAUGGCGCACCCUGCUCGCGCACUACGCGGGCCCGGUGGCGGUGGCGGUCGUUGUGUUACUACUGGUUGUGCUGCUUCCACUCACUGGGCUGUUCUGGUGCUGCUGUCAAUGGUGCAGAGUGGGACGACGUCGCAGACCUUUUGAUCGAAAAUAUGACGCCUGUUUUAAGGGUAUCUUAGCGAUCGUGUUUAUAGGACUUCUUACAUUGUUCCUGUUUGGUGUCGUGUGUGCGUUCGCGACGGACUCUCAGAUUGAGAGCGGCGCAAGUGGCACGCCUGACGUUUUGCGUGGUGGUCUGCGCGACGCGCGGUCGUUCUUAGACGCGACGCAAGCACAUGCGCGUCACUUGCUUGUUGACAAUUACCGUGAGCUGGAGGAGCAACUGGCGGCCACGUUGACGGGCAGCGGUCGCGCUGUACUACGCAAGCUGGAUGACUUUACGAGCGCCACAUCCGUGCGUAAGCUGAGCCAUAUGGCGGCUCAGCUGGAACGCGUGCCGGCUGAAUUACGUGCCGUGCAGCGCGCCACUGCGGACCUGCGCGCACGUGCUGAGGAGCUCAACGCUGGUCUGCGUCAAGUGAAGUCCUCGCUGCUACGUACUUUGGCGCGCUGUCAGGAGCGGCAAUGUGUGCAACUGCAAGAGAAGUACAAAAUAGGACAGCUCGAUACAGACAUACAGUACAAUAAGAUGCUGGACAAAUAUUUCCCAACGAUUCCGGAUGUAUCGGAGCUGCUGCACAACGUGACGCAGCUGGUGGACGGUGACAUGCGAACCGAGAUAGCGGCCGGGCUGGAGGUGUUCACGGGGAUCAAGCGCACCGUGGACCAACACAUCCCGCGGGUGCGAGACUCCAUCACGGCCACGGGUCAGCGCCUGGCGCGCGUGGCUGAUGAACUCACGUGGGCGGCCGGCAACGCCAGUGAGCGGCUGGGACGGUCGGGCGCGCCCGAGGCGGUGCAGGACGUGUUGCGGCGCUACGGGCCGUACCGCAAGCACGUGACGCGUGCCGGCGCAGCCGCUCUGCUGGUGGUGGUGUGCAUCAUGUCUUGGGGGCUGGUGUGCGGCGUGUGCGGCAAGCGGCCCGACGCGUACGGCGCUAGCGACUGCUGCAACAAGGGCGCCGGCUCCUCCUGUCUGCUCUGCGGUAUGUGCGUGACAUUCGGCGUCGGCGGUGGCAUAGCGCUCAUGCUGCUGGUCUACUUUGCGGCCGGACUAGCUGCUCAACGACUCGUCUGCGAUCCUCUAACGGAGCCCCGCGAUAACCGCGUAUUUGCGGACGUGGAGCGCUUCGUGCAGUUCGAGCGCGUGCUGUACGACGAGCGCCUCGACCCGGACUUCAACCUGACGUCGGUGCUGGUGGACUGCCACCGCAACCGCACCAUCUACCGCACGCUGCAGCUGCACCGGCGCUACGACCUGCAGGCCGUGCGCGAGCAGACGGCGGCGCAGGUGGCGGCCAGCGUGGCGGCGCUGCGCACGGACUACCCGCCGCGCGGCCGCCCGCUGCGCAUCCUGUCGCCCGCCGCGCGCCGCAAGCUGGACCUGCUCGCCGACACCGGCCUCUCCGACUUCGACUUCGACCGCAUCCUCUACGCGCUGGAAACGAACAUGACAUCUCUCUCGCUGGACGGACUUUCGGCGCAGCUGGAGAGUACGGCGCGAGCGUUGGCCCCGCGCGGCGGUUUCGCCGAGGUGGCGCGCGACCUGCGUAGUGCUGCGGAGCAUCUCGCGAGACUGCACCGCGACGUCGUGCGGCCUAUGCUGCAGCGCACCGCGGAGCUCAACGCUACGGCGUCGGAGCUGCGCGACGUGCUGCGCUUUAACCAGUCGUCGCUGAAGGAGGCCAUUCACUACCGGAUUCGCGACACGACUGAGGUCGAACUCUUCCUUAAUACACAGGGACCCGAUCUCGUACAGAACCUGACGCGCGACUUCGCGGAGACCAUGGGCGCGCGGCUGCAGGAGUACCUGUCGAUGGUGAUGGACGCGGUGCAGACGGACGUGGGGCGCUGCGGGCCGCUGUCGCACGCCUUCAACUCGACGCGCGACGCGGCGUGUCGCGCCGUGCUCAUGCCCGCGAACGGCUACUGGAUCUCGCUGGCGUGGUGCGUGGUGCUGUUCGCGCCUCUGCUGGUGGUGGCGCAGAAGUUGGCGCGUCUCUACCGCCAUCCCGACCCGUACCCCGGACCGCUCGUCGAGGCCGAGUAUUUGUAUGACGCGUACGCGGACCGCGAUAACGUACCCCUCGCCAAUUCACAACCCGAGCCGACGUCAAGGAACGAUCCUUUCGCGCGUACGCCGCAGAGAAGCGAAGCGGGCGCACGCGCGCGCGCGAGAGCGAGGCGGCCGGCGCGUCGCACGCCGCCCUGGCGCCGCCUCUCGACGCACACCACGCGCGCAGAUAUAAUGAUAUGGCGCCAAAGCACUGGGAAGAAGGCCCACCUCGCUACCACGGACCCACUGAGUACGAGCGCCCUCCGCCAUACUACUAUCCCGGACCAAAUGAUAGACAGUAAACUCGCGCUCACGGAUCUCGACGAUGACCUGCUGAAGUAUUAAACCGUGCGAUACAACCGAUUCGCAUCGAAGAGUGACAUCGAUGUACACCGACACUAUAUUUCCCAUACAAAGAGGGCCGUUUCAAUGAAGAGUCUUGAUAUUCACAAAAUAAAUAAAACAAAAAAAACAAAAUGAAAAAAAAAAACUAUUUUUCUAGACUAAUUAAACUUAAAUCUAAACACUAAUGUCACUAGCAUCGGCCCUCGUAUUCUCUAAAGUUUAUUGUAACUUGUAAUGUAAUAUUGAUCGUAAGAAUAUAUUAUAGAUGUUGGAGUUCGGUUCUCGAUCACAGUAACUGCCAUAUUUGGACUGUCUCACGUUUUACUCCGUUAGCUAUUUUAUAUACAUGGUGUAUCCUAUCGAACGCGACUAUCAAUAUAAUUUAUAUAUUUAGUUUCAAUAAGUCGAAGUGGUUGUAUUAUAACCCGCAUUUUAUUAGAUGAGAAUGACAAAGAUUUAUCCGAACGAUAGUCGUUUGUUUUAUGUCUCGAUAGGAUACGCACAUUUCUGGCUCAAUGAUUAUUAUUAAAGUGUUUUGCGAGCAGAAUAUCGUUGGCUUUAAAUGAUUUCUGAAUGCUUUAUUUUCGUCGUAAGUCGCGGAGUCUCCGCACAAACCAAUGUCUGAUUACGAGAGAUUACGUUAGCUUCGAUCACAUAUUUAUGUAAUUAAAUUCGUUUAGCGUUUAUACACAAGUGUGAUAUAGGGAUGAGGAGAGGGCACCCUCAUGGGAGGGAGUGUAGCAACUGAUGUAGUGGUACACUGAGCGAGUACGUCAGCGAAGGAGCGGAAUCGUUGUUAGUUAAAUGUUGAUGUGACACUCCGAUUGGACUUUAUAAGAAAGUCUGAAUUAUUUCAGGAGAGUGGGAAGGGGAAAACUCGCUCGUUGUUAAAGCGAUAUUUGAAUGCAUUUAUUGUGAACCUAGUAUUAUGAAAUUUACUCUUUACUAUGUAGUCUGUAGUUGUAAGUAAGUAAGUAUAGGAAAGAUGAAAACGCCGCGCCAAACUUGAGAUACUCCGACGUUUAAUGCGAUAGCUAACAAUGAUAUACCAACUUAUAGAUUAGUAAAUGUAUUUAGCGUAAGUUCCUGCGGCCGUCGCCUGCACGCGGCCCCACUCACAGACCGACCGUCGCACGACCGUCGCGCGACCGUCGGUGCGUCCAGUUAGUGCUAGUCUCUGUGACACUAACGGUACGUUUUUAGUUUAAUUGUGAUUAUUCGUCUAGUUAAUGUUAGGUUUUUAAUCGUUGACUGGCGACUUUGUUCAAGUGAUGUGUCAUAUCGUAUUAUUUAUAGCGGUUGUACGGUUCGUCUACGAAAUGCCAAAUAACCGAUUUUAUCCGAUCGCCUGCGAGGUGAUCGAUCGUUAAUUAGCGACUUUCUAAUGAAAUGUCCGCUGAUAUGUAGCAAGGUGUGGUAAAUAACAGAGGAACAGAAAUCCGUACGAAUUUAUUUUCCAAUAGCGAAAGCUUUAACUUGCCACCUUACUUGGUCUCAGUACAGGGAUGAUCUCAAAAUAGAAAUGGCAAUUAUUGAUAAACGAAAA